UUUCACAAGGGCUAAGUCCAAUGCAUUUCAGUCGAACAAGAUGAAGAUCGCCCUAACACUCUGUUUCGGAUGUAUUUUCUUUGGAUUUUUUAAAGUGACCGUUUCUGAUGACCAACACGCCAGCGAAUAUGACUUGGAAAUAGCCGAGAGAUCGGUCGAUCAAAAUAAGACGGAUGAUAAGUCUGGAGCACAGGCUACAGCAGUGGCGCACUCAUCAAUACGACAGCGUCUAAUACCAACUCAAUUACCUGUUGAUGUGGUGGAAUGCUAUGCUUGCACCGGUUGCCCUACUGUCACAUCUAGCACCCUCUCAAAAUUAUGCCCGUAUACCCUUGAUCCCAGAAAACAAGGGCGCUGUGUAACAUACUCCGAGCAAUAUAGACAUAUGAAAACUCCAUGGAGCAUACGCGGAUGUGCUUCUGAAAGAGGUUCCUGUGAAGAUAUCAGACGGGCACACGCAGCACACUCUGAUAUCGUAUCUCUACUAUAUUGUUAUGAGUGUGAAGGAGACAAAUGUAAUUCUAGUGCAGCAUCUCACUCUAUAGCCGACUUUACUCUGGCCUUCUUCGUCAUCAUGGCCUCACCUUUGUUUGCGAAAUAUACUAUGUCAUAGAUAUAACUCCACGCUUUGUUAACUUAAUGUUAAAUUUUUCAAUAUCCCAACGACAACAGAACGAAACUAAAUGAUUAAAGAUUUAUCAUAUAGUAUUUAAAAAACUCAUAGUUGCUUUGUACAUAUUAAACAAUUUCCUACAUAAACUGUGUUAUCUUUUUCUUCUUAACAAAUAAUAUUUUUCAUUAACAAAAGCAGCUUAAAAAUAUCUACUUCGUAAACUUGGCUUAUCAAAACUAUAGUCAAAUCAUGUUACAGCCCGAAGCCUGAAAUUUCAUAUUUUUUUAUUAUUGACAGAAUAGAUUUUCAUUCACAGUAAUAAUUGUACUUCUUCAUAAUUUUUGAAUAAUUCCCAUUAUAAUAACGCGUAUCGGAAAGAUAAGCCAUUUCGUGCUCGUGAUCGUGCUGAAUAUAUAGCAGAACAUAAGUUACAUUAAAAUGAAUCGGUACAUUAAAUGUAAUAUAUUUGAAGUAAAAUUUACCUUUCUGCGAGAGUAGAAUUCAAUACAGGGCUCAUAAGUCAUUACACUGAUUAAAUAAAAUUAAGCUGAUCUGUCUAAAUAACGCAAUGUUCUGCUUUUUUUUAAAUUUGAAAUGUUAUUCUCAUAGUCCAAAAGUAUUUAUUUCUAUCUCAUUUAGUGAUUCACAUUUAAUAUUCAUAAAUUUGGUUUAAAACAACAUAAUAUUUUUGAAUUCGGUCAUCUCGCUUAACAUUUCAUAAUCUUUAUUUUCAUUUGAAUAUAAAUCAGUACCAAUAUAAGAAAUAUUCACGAACAGUUAUUGGACUAAUCAUAUUUUAAUAUAUAUAUAAAAUAAAAUGUUCACAUAACAUUUAUUUGUUUAUUAGUUAAUUUUAAAAUAAGUCAUAUCUUUACGCUCGAAAAUCGGAAAAUAAGCCUUAAAUGAAGUGCUUAUUAGUGCUGUCCACAGAAUAAAAGAAGUAAACAUCACUGUUAUUUUUGAAACUUUUUAAGGUUUUGAUAUUUAAAAAAUAUAAAUAUUGUAAUAAAUUUAUAAACGAGAUGAAUUUAGGUUAUUGAAUAGUUAGGAAAACUAAUAUUUUUCUCAAAUUGUUAUGAUUUUUUCUUUAUUAUUUAAGCACCUAUUUAAAAAAAUUACAUUGCAUAAAUGCAGAAAUACAACCAACUAACGUUAAAACAUAUAAAAACCAAUAUCAUUUUUCAAUCAUAGUAAUUUAUAAGCAAAAUUCUCGGUAGUUUGUUUUAUAUAACUAUUCAAACUCUGUUAAGUUAUGAAUAUGUGUACCGACAUAUAUUUCAUAUUGUUUGAGACCUCACGGUAUUAUUUUUAUCAUAAAAAUUAACGAGAAACUUGUAAAUUCAACCCGUAAGUCUAAAUCUAUUUUUUAUAAAUAAUUUUGGAAUUCAACAAAGCCAACCGGUUUUUAUUCUUGACGAAUUUUUAUUAAGUACAUAUACAUAUAAAUACAGAUAACUAUUAAA